AUGGCGACUCCAAACCAUGUUACUCCCACCAAAUGCAGCUGGUGGCCGAUUUCAGCUAUCGAGAACGAUGCGGGGAAACCCAAAGAGGGAGAAGACGAAAUCCCCGAGCCGUCCGACCCCAAAGCCAAGGACCGGCUCGUCCUGUACCACUGGACGCAGUCCUUCAGCUCUCAGAAGAUACGGCUGGUGAUUGCCGAGAAGGGACUGCCGUGUGACGAGCGAGACGUCAGCCUGCCCCUCACAGAACACAAAGAGCCUUGGUUUAUGCGUCUCAACCUCGGAGAAGAAGUGCCGGUCGUUAUCCAUUGCGACAACAUCAUCAGCGAUUAUAACCAGAUUAUUGACUACAUCGAAAACAAUUUUGUUGGAGAACUUAUUCCACAGCUGAUACCUGAAGCCGGAAGCCUUCUCCACACAAGAGUUCUACAAUACAGAGACAUCUUGGAGAAUCUACCGAUGGAUGCCUACACUCACGGAUGUAUUCUACACCCAGAACUUACAACAGAUUCUAUGAUCCCAAAGUACGCCACCGCUGAGAUCCGCCGACAUUUGGAAAACGGAUCAACAGAAUUCAUGAAGUUUGAUCAGGACGAACCUCAGCUAACAGAACCGUACCUUUCCAAGCAGAAGAAGCUCAUGGAUAAAAUCUUGGAACAUGAUAAUGUGAACUACUUAAAGAAAAUUCUAAUCGAGCUAGCCAUGGUCUUAGACCAGAUCGAGGCGGAGCUAGAAAAGAGGAAAAUAGAAUAUGAAGGUAAAAAAUGUGAGCUCUGGCUCUGCGGACACGUCUUCACCUUAGCCGACAUUCUGCUGGGCGCCACUCUGCAUCGGCUUAAGUUUCUCGGACUUUCCAAAAAAUACUGGGAAGAUGGAAACAGACCCAACAUACAGUCCUUCUUCGAGAGAAUACAGAAGAGAUACGCAUUCCGAAAAGUGCUGGGAGAUAUCCAUACGACGCUCCUCUCGGCUGUUUUACCCAACGCAUUCCGACUCGUCAAACGAAAGCCGCCAUCUUUUUUUGGGGCGUCUUUUCUCAUGGGAUCAUUGGGAGGAAUGGGAUAUUUUGCUUACUGGUACCUCAAGAAAAAAUAUAUCUAAUGACCGUUUAAUUAAAUUAGUUUGAUGUGUCUGUGCUAUGUGAUAAUAUAAAACCUAGUUGUAUAAAUCAGAAGAAAAAAAAAACAACACAUGAUAAAAAUUAUCUUUGCUGGUAUUAUAAACAUUCCACCUUAGAAAAUUAGAACGUAUCUUACAACAAAAAUAAUAAAAACUAAGCCUUUUGUAGGUGAAACAAAGACAUUGCAGUAAUUCUACGUAAAUAAAACUACUGCAUUGAAAGAGGUGUUUAAAUAUUUGCCGGAAUUUUAAUUUUGAAUCUGAAUCAGUAAAGAAAAAAAAUACAUAAACAUAAGCCAUAACAGUUAAAAAAUAAAGAAAAUAUUUCCCCCAGCCCCACAAUUUAUUUUGAGCUAAAUAAAAUAAAAAAGCACAGAUAAUAAUUUUAUGUAAAAGCCGUAAAUAAUGGAAAUUACACAGUACUGCAUAGACUAGUGUUUUUGAAAUUUUGUUGGGUUUUUUUUGUUACACAAAAAAAAAAAAAAACCAUUGAAUUUAUUUUUUACUUGAGCUGUUUUUAGAAUGUACGAAACUUUUUUUUACCCUUUUUUGAUGCCUUCGAAACAGCUCCUGUUAUUGUCAAAGAUUUUGACCAUCUGUCCAGUGGCUUGUAUCACCGUUCACAGGUGCCCCGACGCCCCCCCCCCCCGCCCUGCAUUCUGUAUUUGUGUAAAGGAACGGAGUUCGGGGAUUCUCCCGGUUAACGUAGGAGUGUCGACGAUGUGUCGAAUCGUUUGUGUACAUUCUCAUAAACAGUCACAGGGUCCAACACUUUCUUGUGCCUUUUGUAUGUCGGAAAGAGCAAAAGAAACUCUAAGAAACGAAACUAGAAAGCCUUGCGGAUCUUCAAUAAAAUUUUGUUGGGAAAAAAAAAAA